AUGAACGGUCAGGAAGCCUUCAGGCGCCUUGCUCGACAAGUUCAAAAUGCGGGCAGACAGGGCGGCGGUCUCCCGGGUGGAGGCAGAGGACUGUUCACGGGAACCGGCUUGCUAGUCGCGGUCGUUGGCGGAGGCUUCUUGAUUAAUGAGGGCCUGUUCAACGUUGACGGUGGUCACCGUGCCAUCAAGUAUACUCGGUUGCACGGAGUCACUGAGGAUGUUUACUCGGAAGGAACACAUAUCAGAAUCCCAUGGUUCGAGACCCCCAUCAUCUACGACAUCCGUGCAAAGCCACGGAAUAUCGCCAGUCUUACGGGCACUAAAGAUCUUCAGAUGGUCAACAUCACCUGCCGUGUGCUCUCCCGGCCGAACCCCCACGAAUUGCCCGCAGUCUACCGGGAACUGGGACUCGACUACGACGAGCGGGUGCUCCCCUCAAUAGUGAACGAAGUGCUGAAGAGCGUUGUCGCGCAGUUCAAUGCCAGCCAGCUUAUUACGCAGCGUGAGCAGGUGUCGCGCCUUGUCCGUGAAGAGCUGACGAGGCGGGGACUGAAAUUCCAUAUCAUGCUGGACGACGUGUCAAUAACACACGUCGCGUUCUCACCGGAGUUCACGCACGCCGUCGAAGCCAAGCAGGUUGCGCAACAAACAGCGCUCCGUGCCGCCUUCUUGGUCGAUCAAGCCGUGCAGGAGAAGGCGUCUAUCAUCGUGAGAGCCGAGGGUGAAGCGCAGUCGGCACAGUUGAUCGGAGAAGCUGUACGCAAUAACAAGGGUUUCCUCGAGCUCCGGAAACUGGAAGCUGCGCGUGACAUCGCUGACGUCUUAGCGGCCUCGGGAAACAAGGUUAUGCUUGACUCUCAGAGCCUACUUCUCAACGGUAUGCACUGGCCGGUAACACCCGUAGCUGGGGCUGAUGCAACGAUUGCAUUUUAG